AUGGCCUCCAGCAACAGUCUUUUAUCUGAGGAGCAGUUUCUUUGUCACAUCUGCCUGGAUGUGUUCACUCGGCCAGUUUCCACUCCAUGUGGACACAACUUUUGCAUGUCCUGUAUCACAUCUUACUGGGACAACACACCAGUCAGCCAGUGUCCGAUCUGUAAGGAAGCAUUUGAAAGGAGACCAGACCUCAAGGUCAACACUUUCAUCUCAGAGCUUGCAUCACAGUUCAAGUCGCUUAAAGUGACAGACGCUCACAUCAGGAGCCAGGACCAACAGCAGGCCGGCUGCAGUGGAGCGGUGCUGUGUGAUAUCUGCACUGACAACCAGCUAGAGGCUGUCAAAUCCUGUCUGGAGUGUUUGACUUCUUACUGCGACAUCCAUCUAGAGUCUCAUCACAGAGCUGCCAGCCUGAAGAGACACACACUGAUUGACCCCUUGGUGAAUCUGGAGGACAGGAUCUGCAAGGAGCACACCAGACUCUUGACUUUAUUCUGUAAUAAUGACCAGGUUUUACUGUGUGACAUCUGCGCCGGUUUGCACCACGUGAAUCAUGUCGUGGCUCCUGUGCAGCAAGCCUAUGAAGAAAUGAAGGCUCUGCUGGGAGACGCUGAAGCCAAAGUGCAGCAGAUGAUCCAGGAAAGAAUGCAGAAGGUGCAAGCCGUAGGAGACUGGGUAGGACAAAGCAAGACAGAAACCAAAGAUGUGAUAGCAAACUGCAUGCAGGACUUGACAGCGCUGGUCUGUGAGAUCCAGAAGAGCCAGAUAGAGCUUGUAGAGGUGAUUGAGGAGAAACAGAAAGUAGCAGAAAAACCGGCAGAUGGGUUUAUCAGCAGUAUGGAGGGAGAGAUCACUGAGCUGCAGAAGACAGCAAUGAAGCUGAGGGAGCUGAAACAGACUGAGGACCAGCUUUGUUUCCUCCAGAGUAUCCCAAACCCACCCACUAUACCGUACACAGUGGCUUUGCCCACAAUCAGUUUUAACAGACAAGCAGAGAUACAUCAUGUACGUAAAUCUUUGAACAAAUCAGUGUCUCAACUGCAAAUGUUGCUGAACAAAAUGAAUACAGAAAUACAUAAACUCUCUGACGGCACAGACGUGUCAAACGAUGCUACGCUGAGCUACGUGCAGCAGUAUGAGGAAAACAUUGAGCUCGACCCUGAUACAGCUCACCGUCAGCUCAUCGUAUCCAAUGACAGGAAACAGGUGAGAUACGGGAUC